UAAGUCAGCGGCUGAUCGCAUCACAACAAAGAUGGCUGCAGAGGAGAUGGAACCCACAACCUCCUAGAGCAGGAGCCCACCUCAAACUAAUCCAACGUUAAACAACGAAACGAACCCUAGCGGGUAUUGGUAGGGAGACUAGAGGAGCUAGCGGAGGAGAUCGAGGAGGUGUUGGGAGGAGAUCAAGAAGAACGAGGAGGAGCAGGGAGGAAAUCGAGGUCAAGGAGGUGUUGUGAGGAGAUCGAGGAGGUGCUGGACAGCAGAUCGAGGAAGUGGUACUGGGAGGAGACCGAGGGGCAGAUGGAGGCGGCCGGAGCGUCCGAGGAGCGGAGGAGGAGUGUUUGUAUCCUGGGCUCGGAGCUGGUGGAGAACUACACUGUGUACGUCAUCCAGGUGACCGACGGGGCGCACCGGUGGACCGUCAAACACCGCUACAGCGACUUCCACGAGCUGCACGAGAAGCUGAGUGCUGAUUGGCAGGUGGACAAGCAGCUCCUCCCCCCUAAGAAGAUGCUGGGGAAGAACUCUCCGGGCCUGGUGGAGAGGAGGAGGAGGGAGCUGGAGGUCUACCUGCAGACGCUCUUCCUGCGCCUCCUCAGCUCCGCCACGCCCCCCCCCCUCGCCUCCUUCCUGCACUUUGACCUCUAUGAGAGGAGUGGGGUCGCAGCGGCGUUGGCUGAGGCGCUGUUUCACAGAGGUGAGGACCUGCUGGCGGGGGGUCAGGUGUACUGUCUGCGUCCGCUCCAGCUGCACUCGGUCUGGGAGCAGCUGCACCUGUCCACCCCCAGCGGACCGGAGCUCCACACACACCUGGCCCACAUCCUGGACUUCACCUGCAGGCUGCGCUACCUCAAGAUCCAGGGAACGCAGGGACCAAUAGGAACCAGCAACAUCCAGGAGAGUAGCUUGACCUUUGACCUGUCCAUCUUCAAAUCACUGCUGCAUGCAGAGGUGAGUGAGUGCUCCUCCCAGCAGAUCCAGGGUCUCCCCAGCCUCCGAAGGACCCUGGUCACCUGCAGCGUCCACCACACCACCCCCUCAAUGAUGGCCAUCCUGGCUCCGGAGGCCAGUGAGUUUCCCCAGUGGGAGGCGGAGUCAGCAGAAGGGGCGGGGCCUGGGUCACAUGUGACGGCCGUCAUUCCUCUGUGGAGCAAACUGACCACCCUGGACUUAAGCCACAACACCAUCACAGAGAUAGACGCCUCCGUGAAACUGGUUCCAGAAGUGGAGUUUCUGGACUUGAGUCACAACCAGCUGCAGUCAGUAGACCACCUCCAGUACCUGUACAACCUGAUCCACCUGGACCUGUCCUACAACUCCCUGGAGGUCCUCCAGUCGGCCCACACCCGCCUGGGGAACAUCCAGACCCUCAACCUGGCCGGCAACCGCCUGGAGACGCUUUCUGGCCUCAACAAGCUGUACUCCCUGGUCAACCUGGACCUCAGCCACAACCUGAUAGCACAGCUGCAGGAGGUGCGCAGUGUAGCGGGCCUACCGUGUCUGGAGAGGCUGUCGCUGACCCACAACCCCCUCUGCUGCUCCCCGGACUACCGCACCCGGACCCUGGCUCUGUUCUGGGACCGCGCCGCAGAGGUGUGCCUGGACGGCACGGCCCCCUCUCAGCAGGAGGUGGACACGGUGGAGGUGCUGAAGGCCAUCCAGAAGGCCAAGGAAACCAAAGACAAACUCCACAGCGGCGGAGACAAGAGGGUGGCGGGAGAGCCCAGCCUCUCUCCUUUAUCUGCUGCUCCUCCAGCCGUCUCCUCCUCCCCCUCCUCUCCCCCCUCUCUCCAGAAGGCCUACUGUUCUAGCCAAGAAGUGAGGAGCAGAGAAGAAGAAGUAGUUUGCCCACGCCUCGUCUGCCCCGAUGCCUCCUCCCUCCUCCCCUCACAGAUCCCGCCCUCCGCUGUCUGUCCGUCUCCCCUCGCGUCCAAUCCCACGGCUCCGUGCUGCAGUCCUGGAGGCGGAGCUACAGAUGCAGCCAGAAUUCCUCAACCUGAAGACUCCUCCAGGAGCUCCUCCUUCUCCCUCCCCUCCCCUCUCCUCUGCCUCUCCUCCCCCCUCCUCUCCCUCUCCUCCAACAAAGACUUCAUUACCCAGCUGUCCCUCUGCCUGGCCUUGGCCUUGAGCCAGCAGGAGGAGGAGCAGCAGGAGGUGGAGGAGGAGGUGGUGCAGGAGGUGCAGCAAGAGGAGGGGCAGCAAGAGGAGGUGCAGCAAGAGGAGGUGCAGGGGGAGCUGACAUCUGAGCACAGAGAUGAUGUGUUGCCUCCUGCUGGGUGCCCCAGGUCCAGCCCCUGCUCCAGGGACGGGUACUUUGAGAUGGGUCUGGGGGAGUCCUGCUCCCCCCUGAGCCCCGCGGAGACGCAGCCCAGAGCCAGAGACGUGAGGUGGUGCUUCUGGGUGGAGGUGGAGGAGGAGGAGAAGGGGAAGAAGGAGGAGGUGAACGAGGAGAAGGAGGAGGAGGAGGAGCGGAAGGAGAUGCAGCAGAAGGUGGGGUGCCUGGUGUUCACUGACCAGCACCUGGGUCUCUUCUCCUUGUCAGCUGACAGCCCCUGGGCCAAUCACAACGCAGACCAGGAGGCGCGCCCCGGUGUGGAGGAGCUGGUGUCCGGUCUGCAGAAGGAGUUCCUGCUGCCCUUCGAGGAGGUGGUGUUCUCCUCCCUGCUCCCGGAGCCAUGGGUCACCCUGGGGGUCCGGUCCGGACCGACCCAGCUCUGGUUCAUCUGCCCCGCCCCCCAGGACACGCCCCUCUCAGCCCUGAUCCAGGCCAAGCUUCCUGUCAGCUCUGAGGUGACGCCACACACUACCCAGAAUCCUCAGCUGCUGUGGUCGCUCCUCAGCCCCUGGGAGCAGCAGGAGGUGCGCGGAGGAGGGUACCUCGCCCACCUGCUCCUCCCUGCCUCUGGCUCCUCCCCCUGCCCCGCCCCCCUCCUGACAGACAUCCUGAACCAGGGGGAGGCUCCCUCCAGGACCCCCGCCCUCCUCUUCCUCACCCCCCGACACCUGUGUGUGGUGAAGGUGGACUUCAGCGCUCUGGCGUCCCUGACGAGGAGCAGCACCUCGUCCUCCUCGUCCUCCUCCUCCUCCUCGUCCUCCUCCUCCUCCUCCUCCUGGAGCAGGGUGACCCGGGUGCCUCUGGGCGCCGUUGUCCUCCUGCCUCGACACCGCCCGGACGGACCCCAACACAAACACAGGGCUGGCCAUGUGGUGGAGGUGGUGCUGGGCGGCUGGAGGCUGGGCAUGGUGUUCCCUCUAGCCCAAGACAGGCUCUCCUUCCUGGGGGAGCUGGGAGCCAGGACAGCCUCUCUGGAGGGUCUGAGGACCCUGGCUCUGGUCAGACCCCCCGCCCCGCAGCCAGACGCUGCCCAGACCGCUGUGGACCGUCCCAGCUCUGAGCUCCAGAGGCUGACGGAGGAGAACCAGCCCCCAGCCCACCUGCUCGCCGGCCUCUCCCCAGGACAGGCGCUCCUGGCUGGGCUACCUGGCCCGGCGCUGCAGACGCUCUUCAAGAGCUGCAUAGCUCAGUGGGAAGGUGAGGAGGUGAGACAGGUUUUAUGGCUGUCUGUUAUCUUCUACAUAUCUCCGGAGACUGAGGUGACUUCCUGUCUGCUGCUGUCCAACAAAGCCAUCUACUUCCUUUUGGAAGACUCCGCCUCCUCGCUUAGCCUUUCGUCUGAAUGGGACAUAGCGGACCAGAGUGACCCGGAGCUGUGUCUGUGUGUCUGUCUGUCCAUCAGCCUGUCCGACCUGCUGUCCGUCAACGUGGGCCUGUUCGACCAGUACUUCCGCCUCAUAGGAGGCAGUGCGUGCCAGGUGGUGUGUUGUGUGAGCAGGGACAGCUACGGGACGUCCCACUUCCUGAAGGAGCUGAUGUCAGCCCUCAGCCUGGACCGGACCCGGCCAGACCCGGAGCCGGUGGAGCAGGACUUCUACACCCAGUUCACCAGCACCACCUCAGGUAAAAUGCAGAACUACGAGCUGGUCCACAGCAGCAGGGUGAGGUUCAUCUACCCCAACGAGGACGAGAUGGGCGACCUGACCUUCAUAGUAGCCGACCGGAAGAGCCCCGCCUCCUCCUUCAACAUACUGCUCUACCUCUUGGUGUUCCAGGUCCAGGUUUCAGAUCUUCCAGAAAGAACAGGCCACGCCUAUCAAGACCAUGGCUCCACCCCCGCGCCGUGGCUCCACCCCCGGACCCUGGUUCUGACCGCCUCCCACAUCUUCCUAUUGGACGAGGACUAUGUCAGUUAUCCCCUGCCUGACUUCGCCAAGGAACCGCCCUGCAGGGAGCGCUACCAGGUGCGCGAGGCCCGCAGGAUACGGGACGUGGAGCGGGUGUUGCUGGGGUACCAGACGUACCCCCAGGCCCUGACCCUGGUCCUGGACGAGCUGCCCGGACCCGACCUGCUUCCCCCGCUCCACGUGGACCACUUCAGCCGGGGGGAGGGGCCUAGCCCCGGGGGCGGGGCCGGGGGCGGGGCCCAGGAGGUCACAUGGUGUAUCUUCGUGCCGGCGGCCGACAGCCGGGAGCGUCUGGUGGCACUGCUGGCCCGCCAGUGGGAGGCGCUGUGCAGCCGCGAGCUGCCGCUGGAGCUCACCGGCUGAUUGGCUCCCCAGGAUUAUACUAGUUCCUGAUUGGCUCCCCAGGAUUAUACUGGCUGAUGAUUGGCUCACAGGAUUUUACUGGCUGCCCAUUGGUUCCCCAGGAUUCUACUGACUGCGCAUUGGUUCCCCAGGAUUCUAUUGGCUGUUCAUUGGUUCCCCAGGAUUCUACUGGCUGUUCAUUGGUUCCCCAGGAUUCUACUGGCUGUUCAUUUGUUCCCCAUGAUUCUACUGGCUGUUCAUUGGUUCCCCAGGAUUCAACUGGCUGUUCAUUGGUUCACCAGGAUUCUACUGGCUGUACAUUUGUUCACCAGGAUUUGACUGGCUGCUCACUGGCUGUGGGGCUGUGUCUCAACAUUGAUUGGCUGUGUCGAGCUGUGGCCGUGACCUUAAACAAUGCAUCGACGAUGAAAGCGACCCUGAUUGACAGCUGCACGAGCCAACAGAAUCUGCAGAAGACAGAAAGACGGACUGUGUUUUUAACUUGGACUUAUUCUGAAACGUAAACAGUGCGUGUGUCUGUGUGUGCAACUUUCAUAAAAUAAUGGUCUUAAGGAAUAUUUCUGUGGAUACAAAAUAAUUUGUUAUUAUUAAUAUUAUUGUUUGCAAUGUGGAUUUCCAGCCCAACGAUGAUUUUUUAACUUAUUUUAUAAUAAAUUAUCAGUUAACUGGU